ACUUCCUUGUUCUGCUAAAGCCAAGUGGGCUGAACUUUGAGUUGAGAAUCACGCAGGUUCAGUUUGUAAUCAUUUCCUUUGGUUCUAACAUGGAUGGUAGCGACUGUAAAGUGGACCUUUUCUCGGUCCCCCUGGUUGCGCUCAAUGUGAGCGUGAGGAAGAAGUUAGGACUCUAUCUUAACCCCAAACACACGGUGGCUGCGGACUGGACCGCCGUGGCGGAGACUAUGGGCUUCUCAUACCUGGAGAUCAAGAACUAUGAGAGUUCCAGGAACCCCACCAAGACGGUUCUGGACGACUGGGCGGCUCGGAGCUCUGACGCUUCUGUCGGGAAGCUACUGAGUAUUCUAGAGGAGGUGGAGAGGAGAGACAUUGUGGAAGAUCUUCAACCUAUGAUAGAUGAUGACGUCAGAAAAUACCUCGAGAACCAAAAGAGGUCAGCAGAGCCCCCGCUCCAGGUUCCUGAGGUGGACAGCUGUGUCCCUCGCACACCAGAGAGGUCUGGAAUCACGGUGGACGACGUACCAGGAGGAGCCCCAGAGUUGUUUGACGCCUUCAUCUGCUACUGCCAGAGCGACUUUGACUUCGUCCAUGAAAUGAUCCGGGAGCUGGAGCAGACGGAGUACAAACUGAAGCUCUGUGUAUUUGAUAGGGAUGUGCUUCCAGGCUCGUGUGUGUGGACCAUCACCAGUGAACUGAUCGAGAAAAGGUGUAAGAGAAUGGUGGUGGUGAUUUCUGAUGAAUAUCUGGACAGUGAUGCCUGUGAUUUCCAGACAAAGUUUGCUCUCAGCCUCUGCCCUGGCGCUCGAAGUAAACGGCUAAUCCCGGUGGUCUACAAGUCCAUGAAGAAGCCGUUUCCCAGCAUCCUUCGCUUCCUGACAGUAUGCGACUACACCCGACCCUGCACCCAGGCAUGGUUCUGGGGACGGCUCGCCAAAGCGCUGUCAUUGCCCUAACUGCGGAGUGAGGAGUGGGUUGGUUUAGAAGUGCCUUUUCUUCUUGCAUUGACGUUUUCGUGUUGGAUUAGAACCAAACGCUGCUGGUUCAAGUGCAGCGCUGCCACUUUUAGUGGUACCUCCACUAGAGAUGCAAUGAAAAAAGCUUUAAAAAAGAGCCUUUUUAAAAAUAAGUUUAGAGAAAGAAGUUACUUUGACGUUUCUUCUGCCCAGACUCCUCUCUUUAGUUGAGACAAAAGGUUCCCUGUCUGAUUUCAGUCUGAGACAACCAAGGAUAGAAGGGAUUUUUGUGUCCUGUGAACCAUUUCUAUGUUGAUUAACCCACUUGGUGUUUGGCUCAUGAUCAAUCAAUAAACUAGAUAGUAUUCAUA